AUGGUUCGCAUUGUAGCUUACUCCCUACGCUUCAUCCAAAGGAUCAAGGCUAUUAAGUCAGGCACGCUGACAAAUUGUAAGAGGCUCACCUUUGAGGAGAUGCAGGCUGCUCGCAUUCUUUGCCUUCAAGAGGCUCAGAAACGCUUCAAGAACGACUACAAUCUACUGAUGGAGAACAAGCCACUUCAGAGUCGCUCCCAGCUCAUCAAGCUUUCACCGAUCAUUAGCAAGGAUAGCCUUCUUCGAGUCGGUGGACGACUGGAUAAUUCACAAUUACCAGCUAAUGUCAAACACCCAAUUUUGCUUCCCAAAUCGCACAGCAUUACAAGGAUGAUUUUGGAAAACGAACAUGCGCCAAAUCUGUACCCUGGAGUUUCAGCACUUGUUGUCAUUAUCCGCCAAAAAUAUUGGGUCUUUGGCGCACGCAACCUCAUAAGGAAUCUGGUGCACAAUUGCAUCAAAUGUUUUCGCCAACGAAAUCAAACAGCACAACAAUUCAUGGCCGAUCUACCGGGGAUUCGCAUUACAGAGGCACUUCCCUUCCAGCACUCAGGCUGCGAUUACGCUGGACCAUUUAUUCUCAAGGAAAGAAGAGGGCGAAAUCCACGGAAAACUAAGGGCUACAUAUGUCUGUUUGUCUGCCUCGUAACAUCAGCCAUUCACUUGUAA